AUGGGGCACUGUGUUUGUGUCGCUAAAGGUGCGGCUGAGACGCUUAAGUUAAACAUGGCUUUGAUUUUGUUACCCGUGUGUCGAAACACCAUCACUUGGCUUAGGAACAAGACCAAACUUGGCGUUGUGGUUCCGUUUGAUGAUAAUCUCAAUUUCCACAAAGUGAUCGCUGUCGGGAUCAUGAUUGGAGUCGGGCUCCAUGCGAUUUCGCAUUUAGCGUGUGAUUUCCCUCGACUUCUUAGUGCAACCGAAGAGGAGUAUGAACCAAUGGUUCAAUAUUUCGGGGAACAACCCGAUAGCUAUUGGCAUUUUGUGAAGGAAGCAGAAGGGUAUACCGGGAUCACGAUGGUGGUUUUAAUGGCAAUAGCCUUUACUUUAGCGACCCCGUGGCUAAGGCGUGGUAGACUGAACCUACCAAAACCGCUAAAGAAACUCACGGGUUUUAACGCCUUUUGGUACUCGCACCACCUAUUCAUUAUUGUUUAUACUUUGCUCAUAGUUCACGGGAUCAAACUUUACCUCACGAAAGAAUGGUACAAGAAGACGACUUGGAUGUACUUGGCGGUUCCGAUUUUGCUUUAUAUGUGUGAGAGGUUAAUCCGGGCGUUAAGAUCUAGCGUCAAGCCUGUCCAGAUAUUAAAGGUGGCUGUUUACCCGGGAAACGUGUUGGCACUUCACAUGUCGAAGCCUCAUGGCUUUAAAUACAAAAGUGGGCAGUACAUGUUUGUGAACUGCAAGGCGGUUUCUCCAUUUGAAUGGCACCCGUUUUCGAUAACUUCAGCACCAGGAGAUGACUACUUAAGUGUGCAUAUCCGAACCCUUGGUGACUGGACCCGACAACUAAAAAAUGUCUUCUCUCAGGUAUGCCAACCACCAGCUAACGGUAAAAGUGGACUCCUAAGAGCCGAUAACCAAGGAGACAACCCGAGUUUCCCAAAGGUUCUAAUCGACGGGCCAUAUGGUGCACCAGCACAAGACUACAAGAAAUAUGACGUAGUGUUGCUAGUCGGGUUAGGCAUUGGUGCAACCCCUAUGAUCAGUAUCGUUAAAGACAUCGUGAACAACAUGAAAGCGAAACAAGAGGAAGACGAGGCUUUGGAGAGCGGCAACAACAAUGCAAUGCCGCCAAUGUCACCACAGUCGAAAAAGAACUCCGCGAGCAACUUCAAGACUACACGGGCUUACUUCUAUUGGGUCACAAGGGAACAAGGGUCGUUUGAUUGGUUUAAAGGGGUGAUGAACGAGGUUGCGGAAAUUGAUCACGAUGGUGUGAUCGAGAUGCAUAACUAUUGCACAAGUGUUUACGAAGAAGGUGAUGCUAGAUCCGCUUUGAUCACGAUGCUUCAGUCGCUAAAUCAUGCCAAAAAUGGUGUUGAUGUGAUUUCGGGUACUCGGGUCAAGUCUCACUUUGCAAAGCCCAAUUGGAGAAGCGUUUAUAAGCGGAUUGCUCUUACUCACAACGGUCAACGUAUAGGGGUAUUUUAUUGUGGAGCACCAGCGCCAGUCAAAGAGUUGAAACAACUUGCUGCUGACUUUUCUCACAAGACUAGCACCAAAUUUGACUUUCACAAGGAGAACUUUUAACUUUAGAGAUAAUUUAAUCAUUUAUUAAAUAAAAUUAUUUUAAUUGUUGAAAUUUGUAUGUAUGACCCAAUUCGGACCUAGUAUCUCGUGACCUUUAUGGUGUAACGGUAUAUAGAGACCAAUAAGAGUUACGUUCA